UAGUUAGCUCAUUACUAAUUGACAUUUUGUUCACAGAUGAGAACCUAACAUUUGGUCAAAAUCUCAAAGUCUGACGCAUUCCUCAAGAUAGAGUCUUGGAAAUUGCAAUCACAACUGAGGAAAAAAAUGGAAGAGCAAGUGAAAUUGUUAGGAACUUCUCGUAGUCCCUUUAGUUACAGGGUAGUUUGGGCUUUAAAACACAAGGGUAUCAAUUAUGAAUACAUAGAAGAAGAUCUUUUUAACAAGAGCCAUGAUCUUUUGACAUAUAACCCUAUUUAUAAGAUGAUCCCAGUUCUUGUACAUGCUGGAAAGCCAGUAGUUGAGUCCACAGUCAUUCUUGAAUACAUCGAAGAGACAUGGCCCCAGAAUCCUUUGUUCCCGAAGGAUCCUCAUGACAAGGCUGAGGCUAGAUUUUGGAUCAAGUUCGGAGAAGAUAAGAGCCCAGAUUUUUUCCAAAUAUUUCACACGAUAGGAGAAGAACAAGCCAAGGCAACUGAAAAUGCCAAGGAAGUGCUGAAAAUUAUAGAACAACAGGGUCUUGGAGAGAAAAAGUUUUUUGGUGGGAAUACAAUUGGAUUAACUGACAUAGCCUUUGGUUGGAUAGCUUUCUGGCUGGAAGUCAUACAAGAAGCUGCUGGAGUAAAGGUCUUUCAACCAGACGAUUUUCCUUGUUUACAAUCUUGGAUUAACAACUUUAAGCAAUUCCCUGUAAUCAAAGAAAAUAUUCCAGAUCGGGAUGCACUGCUAGAUCAUUUCAAACGUCGUAGAGAAAUGGUUGUUGCAUCAAAAUCAGCAGCACAAUAUUGAGGAUCAGACAUAUAUAUUUUUCAACUGUCGCUAGAACGGACCACACAAAUAUGGCUGAUCUAUGAAUAGUCUACUAAGACAAGUAUUGAGUAUUCUCCCUGUUUGGUUGAGUCUUGAACUUCUCCUUGUUCUUUUUUUGAGUCAGAGUAACAAGUAGAACAUGUGAAAAUGAAUCAGUGUAGAGUGAACUGUUUCAAACCUAGCUUUGUAUUGUGAAAAUAUCACAAAUUGGAACCCCUUUAUGAGAAGAGUAUACGUUCUUUGUA